AAGCAAUGUUUUGAAAGUGAAUUGAAUUACAAAUUAAUAAAUGCUUUAAAAAUUUUAAAUUAAAAUAUAUUUAUAAUUAUUAUUAAGUAAUAAAAAGUACUUUAAAUAUGAAUAGAGUUUUCAAAACUAACGUGUUGAAGACAUGGAUGAGACAAAUGCAGACCACUUGUAUGACAAGACAAGAACUGCCAUCACUUGAGUCGAUUGAUCCAUCGGGCGAUGCGGUGGUCGACGCCGUGACCGACAAGAUAUAUGAGGACUCGUUAAGACACGAAGACUUCUUCGGUGUCAACAAACUGUUUACAGUCCGACAACUGUUUGAAUCGAGAGCUCAUUUCGGGCAC